AUGCCAGUGACUUCGGAGGAGGCAGCGCGGCUGCUCGAAAGCCUGAAGGCGGGAGGGGCUUCCCUGGAGCAGCUGCAGGGCCUGUUGGAAUCGUUGAAGGUUAACCUUCCCGCUGGUAGCAGCAGCAGCAAUCCCAGCAGGAGUGGAAAUCAGGGGGCAGCAGGAGCAGGCGUGGCGGACGGAGCGACCGAGGAGGUAGCUCACGAGGAUGAAGAGGAUGAUGCUUCGAGCAGUCUAGCCGCAUCGGCGCUAGCUCCCUCGAACGCCGUGCCCGUCUCUGACAUGGGCAGGAAUACUGUCAACUCGCAGCUUGCAGCCUCGGCAGAAGCCAGCAGCAGUGAUGCUGCAGCAGCGGGGCGAGCACAUCUAGACAGGGUGGAUGGCGGCUCCCAUUUGCUGAUCCAAAGGGCAGAGCCAGACGCUUCUCCUCUUGUUUCUGCGAAGUCAUGGACGGACUUAAAACUGUCGAAAGAACUGCUGCUGGCAGUCGAGGCUCUAGGCUUCAAGGCGCCCUCCAAGAUACAAGCGGCUGCGCUGCCCCUGGUGCUCAAUCACAGGGAGAACCUCAUUGCUCAGGCCCAAAACGGCAGCGGCAAAACGGCCACCUUCGCUCUCUCGAUGCUCUUUUGCGCCAACCCCGACAUCCCGCAGCCACAGGCGCUCUGCCUCUGCCCUACCCGCGAGCUAGCGCAGCAGACAGUCUUCGUGCUGAAGAGCUUAGCUCGUUUCACGAGGUUGCAAAUUUUCCUGGCCGUCCCGCAGUCACGCCCCGCGGAUGAGAGCAGCCUUUUUUCGCCGAACGCGGAGGGCAGAGAAGUUGUAUUCAGCUCGAAUACCUCCCCAGACGUACGGCAGCAAAUCGUUGUCGGCACACCAGGAAAGUCGAUGGAACUGUUGAAGAAGCGGCGCUUCCCCGCGAGCAUGGUGCGGAUGUUCGUUCUUGAUGAGGCGGACGAACUCAUCAACUUCGCGAACAACAUGGCCCCGCAGGUGCAGCAGAUUCGCCGCUUCCUGCCCAACGACCUUCAAAUUCUGCUUUUCUCCGCGACGUACUCCGACACCGUCCGCCAGUUUGCCGAGAAGCUCAUUCCUCGCGCCAACAAAAUCACGCUGAAGAGGGAGGAGCUAACGCUCUCGUGCAUCCAGCAGUUCUACAUGGUGGCAGACCCCCGCCUGCCGCCUCCAGAGGCACCGGGAGGCCCCCCUGGAGGAGACCCCCUCGAGGAGCUCGUGAUGCGAGUGUUCAAACACAAGUAUGAGCACCUCAAGACCCUCUACGGUGCGCUCGCUGUCGGCCAAAGCGUCAUCUUUGUCAACAGUAGACGGCUCGCCUUCUUCCUGGCGCUCAAGCUUCAGAAGGAGCUCUCGUUCUCCGUUUCUCUAAUCUGCGGGUCUCAGGCGCAGGGCCCCGAGAAGCUGUCCAUUGAAAUUCGAGACAGGAUAAUGAAAGAAUUCAGAAGGGGGGAGACAAAGGUUUUGAUAUGCACGGACGUCCUUUCGCGAGGCAUAGACGUGCCACAGGUCACUCUGGUAGUCAACUUUGACCUUCCGAUUUACUACACAGGCCGGGGCCGAGGGCCUCAGCCGGACGUCGCGGGGGGCCCUGGGGUGCCUUUCGGGGGGCCCCCUGGCUUCGAGGAAUCCUGGGAGGGGCAGCACGUGGACCGGAGGGGGCAAAGGAUCGUCCCCUCCGGAAUAGAUUUUCCCGAUGGUGUCUGCGUCAACUUCGAGACCUACUUGCACAGGAUCGGUCGCACAGGGCGUUUCGGGUUGCGCGGCAUUGCAGUGAAUUUGGUGUGCCCCGAGGAAAUGUUUUUGUUGGACCAAAUAAGGUCCUUCUACAAGUGCCGGAUAGAUGAGCUCUCGUCCGACACUGAGGCCAUCGAGGCCAUUAUUCGCAACCUUAGGACUGAAGGAUGA